UUCGAGUGUAUUUGUGUGUUAAUAACUUUCCACUCUCAACCAACCCUGCUGCUGCUUCUCCCUUUCCCAAUCGAUUGAGGAAGUUACUGCAUCACCACAGGACUCAGACUCACUACCGGAAUCCCACAAUGCCAUCUUCGGUACUCGCUGUCGGUUAAUGAAAUCUAAUUUCGUUUCAAUUCUCAUUUUUACUUAGUGACUCUCCGUACGCACACACGUAGAAUUGUGUGGAAUCAUCGUUGUACCGUGUCAAAGAAUUCUGGGCUUUGUGUCUUGCUAGCUCAUUGAAAAAACGUCGGCAGUCAAUUUCGAAAUCAUUCUUUGAUUUUGGGCCUAAUCAUUAGGACACGGCAUUACGGUAGCUCGCGAAAAGCAACCUUUUUCUUUCGUGUGAAACUCUUUCUCGUGUCAAUGGACGUGAAUGGUAUAUCAUAGUUAAGUGUUUCUAACAGUGAUUUAGAUUCAAAAUUCCAAUGGGAUAGCAGUGAAUAUAAAAAUAUUAUUUAGAAUUUUGAAUAAUUGUGAAUUAUACCUUGAAUAAAACAAACCACAAGUUUUCUUAAUGCUUUAUCGGUCGCGUUAACGAAAAAUCAAAUCGUACAAUUUCCAAAUCGUGACUGUUGCGAUAUCUCGUCAAUCUGGGUAGCCCGUAUUUGACAACAUCAGCUUCGGGCUCCGAAAGCCCCAAGUUGUCAAGGCCGGAACACCAUUUGAUAGGCGGUGGUGACCCUAAGCAAUUUCAUUUGUCUCCCAGUUCUUCGUUUAAUUUCGGAGCAUUUCGAGCCCCGGUGGGAUUUCCAUUUGGAGCACAUCAAUUUUUUAACGGCAACAUUUAUCCGAAUUUUCGGGAAGACAAUCCCGAAAACAACAAUCUGGAUCUAGUCAAUCCGUAUAUGCGUCACAAUAGUGGCGGUUACGCAGCAGUUCCGAACAAUCAUAGCCCACCAUUACAUUUGGGUACUAACGGUUAUAAUCAUUCUGAUAAUUCGCCGCAAGGCGACUAUCUGCCGCAUCACUCGUAUGGGAAGCGAGAAACAAUUUUGGACUAUCAUAACGCUUACAACAACAACAAUAAUAAUAAUCUUCCUAAUUCCUUGUUGAAAAAAUCCACCGAAGAACCACCAUCAUCGUUAAAAUCCCGCUCCGAAGAGGAUAACGCAUCCACACCACCACCGCCUUUGUGUUCCGUUGAUAGUGCUUAUCGAGGUGAUUCUUUAGCGUCAUCCCGGCUGCAUUCGGAAAGUCCCACCGAUUGCAAUCCGUACAGUAAUAAUAACAACCGGAACAAUCGUAGUUACGAGAACUCCAGCCCCGUCGACAGUACUAAAUCCUUUUCGGUGGUUAGCCAUCGGAGCAGCGAAGAGGCUGGCAAUAAUAGUGAAUCGAGAAGUCCCCCGCGCAGUGAUUACAGUCCGGAGAAUCUAUCGAACAAACGGUACGGUGGUGGUUCCGGUACAAUGUUGGAUCAUAAAUUGCCUUUGAGCUUUCUGGGGCCGCCAUUGGCGGCGCUACAUUCUAUGACUGAAAUGAAAUCUACCGUCGGUGGUAAUGGUGGAGGUGGUGGCGGCGGCGGAUCCAUUGGUAGUGCCUUAGGGAAUGGCUCCAAUGGUGGCGGAUAUGGCAUGAGCAAUAGUCAUCAUCAUACCUCGACCACACAUACACAGGGUGCAGCGAAUCCGCAUGGAAUCGAUACGAUAUUGUCCAAACCGCCACCACCUGUGACGUCGGCGGGAUUAAGUGCUUUAACUGGAGGCGGAAUUCCUCGUUUCUCAAUAGCGGCUGCUGCUGCCGGUAUGGCGCAAUACCUGUCACAAAGUCAAGGAGCGCCUCUUAAGGCUCAUGCCGGACACAUUGUUGAUCGAACGCAUCUAUAUUGGCCGGGACUACAAGGUCUUGUGGCGAAUCCGAUGGCAUGGAGAGAACGACUAUCCAAUACAAUGUCAGCAAAUCUAUCACAAUCACAUAAUCAUCAGCAUCAUCAUCAUCACCAGAGCACCGAUAAAGAUGGAAAGAAGAAACACACGCGACCCACGUUCAGUGGGCAGCAAAUAUUCGCCCUCGAAAAAACCUUCGAACAAACCAAGUAUCUGGCUGGACCAGAACGUGCCAAGUUAGCGUAUGCCUUAGGAAUGACUGAAUCACAAGUUAAGGUUUGGUUUCAAAACCGACGAACGAAGUGGCGCAAAAGGCAUGCAGCCGAAAUGGCUACCGCCAAACGGAAGCAAGAUGAUAUUAAUGAUGGCGGUGACGCUGAUGGUGAUUGUAGUGAAACAAUUGACAGUGAUUCAGAAAGUUUGGACAUGGGUGAUCCGAAUAGGAAGCGAUGUCGAAUGGAGGAUGACUUUCAUCAUAAUUAGUUAAAAACUUUGACGGUCUUUAAAAGACUAAUAAAAGUUAUGAUACAAAUAUAAAUAUAUACAUAUAU